UCCAGCAGAGGUGACCCCAGACAUCAUUUUGAUCAAGGAUGAAGAGGAUACCAGUGGAUGCAGGCCAGCAGAAGACUGCGGUGCGUUUGGAGACCACAGCAUGCAGCGCGGCGCCGACUAUGAGCUUCUGCGUGGGGAGUUGAGGAUCCUGAGUGUCCACGGACAAGGGGAGGGCCCAUUGGUGGUGGACGGCCAUGACACCCUCUUCACCGCGGCCAAACUGGAGGCCCUGAGCUCACUGUCUGUGGCCAAGAGCCUGGACUGCAGCGAGCGGUUGGUCUGCCGCGAGGAGCGCACUGUGCAGCAGCAGACCCCAGACACCAUCUUAAUCAAGAAUGAAGAGGAUAACGUUGUAGGCAUGCCCUCUGUAGAAGACUGCAGAAGACUGCGCGGCGCCACCUCGGAAGAACACGGCGAUGCCUUUGGAGACCGCAGCACACAGCAAGGCGCCAACUUGGAGAGUCUGCGUGCGGCCGCCCCUGGCUCCUCCCACAUGUCCAGUCACAACGGGGAGCUGCGGAUCCUGAGCGUCCACGGAAAAGGGGAGGGCCCACUAGCGGUGGACGGCCAUGACAACCUUUUCAACGCGUCCGAACUGGAGGCCCUGAGCUUGCUGUCUGUGGACCACAGUGUGGGCGAGAGCCUGGACUGCGGCGAGCAGAUAUUUUGCCACAAGGAGCUGACUAGGCAUCGGGGCGGCCGCAAAGGCCGGCCCUGUGUCGUGUGUGGCCAGGUUUUCCCCAACAAUGCCAAGAUGGCCAUCCACAUGCGUACCCACACCGGCGAGAAGCCCUACAGGUGUGACCAAUGCAUGAAGCGCUUCAGACACAGCUGCAACCUGAAGAUCCACAUGAGGAUUCACUCCGGGGAGAAGCCCGAAGUGUGUCUGCAGUGCAACGCCAGUUUCAGUGACCCGAGCAAUUUGCGUCGCCACAUUUACAAGCACACGCGCAAUGGGGUGCUUUGACACUGGGCAACGGGACGAUUUGAUUGACGCCUCUAUCAUGUAUCCGAUUUAUUUUUUCUUCAUGACGAUGAAAAAAACGCUUUCCAAAUUUCUCAUAUUUAUCAAAAAAAUAUAUAUAUUGUUACUUGAUGUAAAAUUAAUGCUAAAGUGUAUUCUUCCUGAAAUUGACAUUUUGGGGAUUCUGGAUGAGGUUUUUUUUCACGGAUCAUCCUUUCUCCUUGUCUGAGGGUUAGCUCUUUUUAUUUUUCUAAGAAAUAAUCUGAGUAUCCCCGGCAGUACUCCUAAGUACUCCAAGGGGUACGCGUAGCCCCAUUUGCUCAUUUAUGUUGUUUUCCAGGUGUUACGGUAUUAUACCGGAAGAGGCCGUUGGGUGCGUUCCUUUCUCCGAUAAAUAGACAUCGUAGGGUCCGUUUAAUUUUAGUUUAUGUUACUUCUCCCCGGUGGUCGAUUAAAAUGUUAAAAAACAUGUCACCGAGCGGCUCUAAUUUGGAAGAACAGCUUUCGUCCAUAAUGGACGUACUUGCGAAAGCGGCCGUAUCUGAAAUAUGCCAACUGUUCUCGGAAGGCUCGACUACCCUUCGCUUACAAAUAACUCAGAGCCUGAAAGAAAACGAAGCCUUGAGGACGAGGAUGAAGGUGAUGAGGAGUGAGCUGUUUUCUUUGCGGCUUCAAACGAGAUAAAAUGCAUCGCGUGCAGCUGGGGAAUGGUGAGUUGAGUCCAGAUGUUCUGCCAAAUCAUGCUCCCUAUCAAAUUGUGCUACCUAGUGCUUCAAACACAUUAGGUAGCUUAUUUUGAUAGGGUAGCAUGAUUCUAUAGACUGACAAAGGAGCAUACAUUGGCAAAACACGGUGUAAUAGGUGGAAAACUGGACGGAACAAGUGUUCAGGGGGUACUAUUUGUUACAUUUGUAGUAAUGGGAAAUACUUAUGAUAAUCAUGAUUUAAAAAAAUAAAUAAACCAAUUAUUAAUAAUUAUAUCGGAGAGGCAUGCUAACUCACAAUACAUGCUUAAUAUAAUUUGACGAUAUGCCAAUUUCCUGCACUUUGAAUGGUCUUGAAUGUAAUGCAUUCAUCAUCAGGCCUAAAGCCUCAGAUGGACACAAGGCGGUUAGUGAUCCCCCUCAUGUUACACCACCCAUAGAUUCUAUGCCGCAUAGAUUCUAGGCUGACUGCUAGAUUGUACCUGCAUUAAAAACCCUGAUCCUGUUUUGAAAAGCAUCAUGAGCAGAGCCCUGCUAAAACACAAGUAAAACUUGGGAGUUGCUGGUUUAUAAAUCCUAAACAUGAAUAAAUUCAAAAUAUGUAAAUGUUUGCUGCUCUGCCUACAGGGAAGGACACAUUGUCGAAUGUUAUUGUCAAAAUAGAAAAAAUGCGCUUGUCUCGCAUGUCAUGUUGUGCUCAGCACAUUUUGCAGUGGUAUUCGUUCACUGUCCUCAACCGCUUCUGCUUCAAGUCUAGGGAGGAGGGGGCUGGAGGAAACAUCCCUCUCAAACUGCCCCUUUUAAACCCUCUGUGUCAAUGUUACAUAUACAACUUCCAGUUUUUUCUCUGCAGAACACUGUGAUGCCUUUGGAGAUCGCAGCACACAGCAAGGCGCCAACUCGGAGAGUCUGAGUGUGGACGCCCCUGGCUCCUCCCACAUGUCCAGUCUCAACGGGGAGCAGCGGAUCCUGAGCGUCCACGUAGAAGGGGAGGGCCCAUUAGCGGUCAACGGCCAUGACACCCGCUUCACUGCGUCUGAACUGGAGGCCCUGAGCUCGCUGUCUGCGGACCACGUCCACCGUGAGCAGCAGACUGUGCAGCUGCACACCCCAGUCGCAGUUUUUAGCAAGAAUGAAGAGGAUAUUGGUGGAGGCAUGGACGCCGAAGUAGACAAUGCAAUGACAUCAGAGACUGCAGCACACAGCGUGGCGCCAACUCGCAGAGUCUGUGUGUGGACGCCCCUGGCUCCUCCCACAUGUCCAGUCACAACGGGGAGCUGCGGUUCCUGAGUGUCCACGGAAAAGGGGAAGGCCCACUGGCAGUGGACGGUCAUGACACCCUCUUCACCGCGUCCGAAGUGGAGGCCCUGAGCCCGCUGUCUGCGGACCAAAGCCUGGCCAUGAGCCUGGACUGCGGCGAGCGGCUCGUCCACCGCGAGGUGCUGACUGGGCCUCACGGGGGGCGCAAGGGCUGUGUCGUGUGUGGCAGGGAGUUUCCCAACUAUGCCAAGGUGAUGGUCCACAUGCGUACCCACACCGGUGAGAAGCCCUACGGGUGCGACCAAUGUCAGAUGCGCUUCCAACAGAAAAGCAACCUGAAGCUCCAUAUGAGGACUCACUCUGGGGAAAAGCCCUUCAGGUGUGACCAAUGCGUGCGGCGCUUUAGUCAGAAAUCCAACCUGAAGAUCCACUUGAGGACUCACUCCGGGGAGAAGCCCUGUGUGUGUCUGCAGUGCAACGCCUGCUUCAGCGACCCCAGCAAUUUGCUUAGGCACAUGCUCAAGCACACGGGCAACGGGACACUUUGAUUACAAUUUGGGCAUUUAGCAGACGCUUUUAUCCAAAGCGACUUGCAUUGGUUAAUACACACAUUGACACACCGACUGUUCUGCCUUCCGUAAGAAUUGCAUUGUUUUUCAGUUUGUGUUCGUGUACAUCUUGCCUUAGUUUGGUAAAUACUUCCACCCUGUGGUCAAAUUGUGAUACUGGCGUCAGUAUAAACAACUGCAAACCUA